CUUGUUGAAUGUGGAUGAAGUCCAGCUUCGAUAGUGCCCGUGGUCCCUUCGCGACAUACUAAGCAUCUACUCUGACACAUAUUUGACAUUUCGCUGACGUUUUUUUAUCAAUCUAUUUAUUUUUGAAAAUUAUGGAUUUCUAUCAAAUAACCACAUUUUACGCGGUCCUCACAUGUGUAUGGGAUUUACCAUGUUUUACAUCAUUUACUAUUUUCCUCCCGUCUGCCUCAAAGAGCAGCAAGGUCCCGAAAGUAUUUGAUGGACGAGAGGCAAAAUAUUUCAAAGAUAUCUACUCAUCAUCAUCAUCAUCAUCAAAUGAGCGGUAUUACAAGGGUGGGUUCAAAGAUUCAGUUGAACCACACGACUACAUGCUUUCAAUUUACAAGACUUUCUCUACAGCCGAAAAAUUGGGGCUGAACGCAAGUUUCUUUCGGUCGUCAAAAGCAGCUAACACUAUAGCAAGUUUUGUGGACAUCGGCCAAGAUGACCUCCCACUCUCCCCUUUGCGAAGACAGCAGUAUCUGUUUGACGUCUCAACCCUCUCAGACAGAGCCGAGGUGCUGGGGGCUGAGUUGAGGAUAUACACCAAAGUGUCUGGGAAUUUCAGGAUGUCGGAAAUGGAGCCAGUGGACAUUCAGCUACUCUCCUGCCGCUCUCAGCAGCUGCUGGAUUCCAGAACGUUGGAUCUUCAGGAGUCCCAUCGGCCCAGAUGGGAGGUGCUGGAUGUGUGGGAAAUAUUUAAGGACAGGGAUCACCUCACACAGGGGAGCCAGUUCUGUCUGGAGGUCAAGGCCAUGCUGGACAACACUGAGAGGGAACUUGACUUGCAUCAUCUGGGCUUUCACAGAAAUGGUCGCUCACAACAAAAGAAGGCCAUUUUAGUGGUGUUCACCAGGUCCAAGAAGAGACAGACCCUUUUCAGUGAAAGGAGAGAAGGAAGGACAUUGAUUGGCCAUGGGGAAAAGGGGAAAGAGAGGGGCCAUCGUUCUAAUUUCAAAGCCAGCCGGAGACGCAGGACGGCGAUAUUGAAGAAUCGCCAUGGGAAGAGGCAUGGCAAAAAGUCAAAAUCGAGAUGCAGCAAGAAGCCGUUGCAUGUGAACUUCAGAGAGCUGGGCUGGGACGAUUGGAUCAUCGCUCCUCUGGAUUACGAGGCGUACCACUGUGAGGGCGUGUGUGACUUUCCUCUGAGGUCACAUCUAGAGCCCACAAACCAUGCCAUCAUACAGACCCUUAUGAAUUCUAUGAACCCCAGCAACAUGCCUCCUAGCUGCUGUGCCCCGUCCAAACUCAGCCCUAUCAGUAUUCUCUACAUCGACUCAGGAAAUAAUGUGGUGUAUAAGCAGUAUGAGGACAUGGUGGUUGAGUCGUGUGGUUGUAGGUAAUGCCUUUUUGGAAAGGCUGUGUUUUGAGUGGGAAUGAAAUGUGAUCAUCAGGGCCUAUCUGGUGUGAAGGCAAUACUUUAAGCUACCUGAUGGUCUGCAUCGCAAAUGGCACCGUUUUCACUAUGUAGGGCACUACUUUUGAUCUAUAGGGCUCUGGUAAAAAGUAGAGCACUAUAUAGGCAAUAGGGUGUCAUUUGGGACACAGAUGAACAGAGAGCCUUGUCUAAUGUUGUAAAAUGGUGUGGUGGGAUUAAUAAUCACCUGCCCCAAACUAAGCCAUGUUCAUUUCUUCUUCCCUGGUCUGGUUCUCAGUUUAAGACUGGUAAGCGAGGCUACUUCUUCCCUGGUCUGGUUCUCAGUUUAAGACUGGUAAGCGAGGCUACUUCUUCCCUGGUCUGGUUCUCAGUUUAAGACUGGUAAGCGAGGCUACUUCUUCCCUGAACCCUGUUACGUGUUUUUAUAUACCAGUUAACGGGAGGGACACUUCUAAACACCCAGCAAAUGACUGAAAAUCAAAAUGUGUCAUAUCAAUGUAAAAACAUAAUUCAAACAGCAGAAGUCCUUUCAUAGCUCCUUGGCUUGGCCUUUGACUCGAGAGGAUGCUUGAGUGCUACUCAGAAUGUAAAGCCUUAUUGAGUUGCAACGUCUGUGUAAUUCAAGUGCACUCCCACCCAAAAGGCCCCCAGGCUUAGCCUACUUAGCCAAGGGCUCAGCCUGUGUUCCAAAUGGCACCCUAUUCCCUACAUAGCUACAUAGUGUAGUGCACACAAUAUAUAGGGACUUGGGUGCCAUUUCGGACGUAGUCAUGUUGUGGUUAGAUACAAGGUGAUAAAAUAAUGCCCAUGGGCCUUUUCCUGUAAUGCACUGAGAUUCAUAUUACCAUAUGUAAGCACUUGAUAUGGAAAUGAUAAUUUAUGUUCUAUCAAUAAGUUAUUAUAUUUUUGUUGUUGGAGUUUGCUGUCGGGGUUUAAUACCUAUCAUGUUUUGGUCAUGUACAAGAUUGUAUUUCAGGUCCCAUAAAUGAACAACAACUUUGAAGGCUUAACAAAGCCUUCAUGAACCAUGUGUAGAUGGUUCAGAACGUAUGUAUUAAUAAGAAAAUUCAUACUAUUUCAAAGGUAACGUACCUGUAUGGGGUUUGCAAAGCAUCUAUGAAGGCCUUAUAAAUUAUGGUUUCAGAAAGUCUUAAAAGUUGCUGUUUGUUUAAUUAGGGACCACAUUUCAAAACUUUAAAGAUUGUAUUUUGUAAAACUUAUGGUGUAGAUUUGAACAUGCAAAGAAUGAGGGAGCCUUAACUGUUAAAACAGGAAAUUAUUACCAGUCAGAAAAAAAGACGCCUGUGUUUUUGCAAUGAUAUACUGCUCCAUAGUUUAUAGACCUGUUACUUUAGAGUGUUACUUUAGAGUCAUCUUUGUUGGAUUUUGUAUUUUACUUUCUAUUUUCUACUGGAACUCAAAACCAAUUUAUUUAAUAUUCUCUAACAAAUUUAAAACGGAAGGUACAUUUACAAUUUUUUUUAACUAGGCAACUCAGUUAAGAACAAAUUCUUAUUUUCAAUGACAGCCUAGGAACAGUGGGUUAACUGCCUGUUCAGGGGCAGAACAAUAGAUUUGUACCUUGUCAGCUCGGGGAUUUGAACUUGCAACCUUUUGGAUACAAGUCCAACGCUCUAACCACUAGGCUACGCUGCCGUGUAUUAUUCAAAUACAAUUGUAAGAAAAAUACAUACUGAAUGACAAAUUAAUGAUAACAACAAUCAAUUAAAUUAUUUAACCAAAUGAUAUAUUCCUUUUAUACCUGUUAAGGUUACAUGUUUUAUAUAAUAGUAUAUUAAAUUAUCUUUUGUAUUAUGUAUUUUGAUUAUAUUUUCCUAAAUAUGUGUAUCAUUGCGGUUUGAACUGAUUUGCGUUACUCGAUUGUGCAGUGUCACUAUAGUCCAGUGGCGGUCGGUGACGUUUAAGAUGAGGGAGGACGAUUAUUUUCUUUAUGAGCAUGGCUUUAUUUCUAUUACAGCAUAUUGGAUGACUGUUAUUCAUAUUUCAUUCACCUAGCUCAAUGUAACAUCAACAGGUUUAGGUUAAUGAUACUCACAUUUUUCCUGUACCCAUCAUGAGGUUGCUACAAUUUAGCCUAUGAAUGAAAUUUACCACAUAGAUGCACAGGUCGAUUAAUCAAGGAGACAGGCAGUGACACAUUCAGUACCACCUUGAACACUCUUGCCUGCAUCUAGCUGAUCAAGGGUGUGACCAUUAGUCCGACAGUUGCAAACAAGAGUUUCUAUUGGACAAACUCAGGAAUGUUUAUCCUCAUUUCGUUCCGUUUGAUUAAGUUUCAAAAAUGUUUUUCAACAGAAUCUGUGGAAUGAAUACACCCUUGAUCACAUGCAAACAAAGUUCACUUUCGUAACACCCACAUACAAACAGCAGGAUCAUUUUGCUCAAUGUAAAAUUCCUUCAUGUAUCUGUGCGCUCUCCUCCUCUCACAUUUUCCCUUCGCUUUUAGACGUCCAUGCACAAAACGUCAGCUGUCUGUGACCAAGCAAAAAAAAAAGCCAAACCUUCAUAUCAUAACCGCCAACCGCUACACACAAACUAUCUACAUCGCCGAAGCAACUAGAACUAACACAUUAGUAAACUCGCUAAAAUCAUGCAGUACAGUGUACAGUCAGCAAGCAGUUUAGUGGUUACACUGGCGAGCCCCAGUUGCAAUAGAUUUAUAAAAUCAAAAGCUUACCUUGACUUGGAAGAGUUCCAGUGAUGGAUAGCCAUAGCCAGCCAGCAAUCAUAGCCUCCCUCUCUGUUUGAGUAGGCUAAACUAGCUAGCUGCAUUUGCUAGCUAAGUGAAAGUAAAAACAAACAAAAAAUAUAUCUCUUGCUUCUUCAUUUUGGUGUUCAUUUUGGUGUUCGUGUCUGUGGGACCCAUUUUCAAUGUUUACUAAAAGAAAAGUAAUACAAUUAAUUAUUUCUUCAACCUGAGACUCA